UUUGAAUAGGGAAGUUUUGCAGGGGUUACGUUUGCAGUCAGUCCGGUGUUUGCAAAUAUUGUGUGGGCUCGCGAGCGCGUCUCUGGGCUCCGGCAGGAUCCGAACCCGCGGCGCCUAAUUGCUGCGCGUUGAGUUUGCAUGAAACUUCCCCCGGCGCUGCAGACACGGGUGCCGCGCUCCCGACUCCAGACCGCACACGUCCCUGUUUUCCCAACAGCAGUGACUGUCUUUUCCAACCCGACAUGGAUGUACUCCCAAUGUGCAGCAUCUUCCAGGAACUCCAGAUUGUGCACGAGACUGGUUACUUCUCGGCGCUGCCCUCCCUGGAGGAAUACUGGCAACAGACCUGCCUGGAGCUGGAACGUUACCUCCAGAGCGAACCCUGCUAUGUGUCGGCCUCCGAAAUCAAAUUCGACAGCCAGGAAGAUCUGUGGACCAAGAUCAUCCUGGCUCGGGAGAAAAAAGAGGACUCAGACCUGAAGAUUUCCCCCAGCCCCCCGGAGGAGGCUCUGAACAGCCCCGGCUUUGGUUACAACCUGGAGACCAACAGCUUGAACUCGGACGUGAGCAGCGAGUCGUCCGACAGCUCCGAGGAACUCUCACCCACCACCAAGUUUACCUCCGACCCCAUCGGCGAAGUUUUAGUCAGCUCGGGGAACCUGAGCUCCUCCGUCACCUCCACGCCCCCUUCCUCUCCAGAACUGAGCAGGGAACCUUCUCACCUGUGGGGCUGCGUGCCCGGCGAGCUGCACCCUCCUGGGAAGAUGCGUGGUGGGACUGCGGGGAAGCCCGGGGACAAGGGCAGCGGGGACGCCUCCCCAGACGGCCGGAGGAGGGUACACCGGUGCCAUUUUAAUGGCUGCAGAAAAGUUUACACCAAAAGCUCCCACUUGAAAGCACAUCAGCGCACUCACACAGGAGAAAAGCCUUACAGAUGCUCAUGGCAAGGGUGUGAGUGGCGUUUUGCAAGAAGCGAUGAGUUAACCAGACACUUCAGAAAGCACACUGGUGCCAAACCUUUUAAAUGUUCUCACUGUGACAGGUGUUUCUCCAGGUCUGACCACCUGGCCCUGCACAUGAAGAGGCACCUGUGAGGGAGCAGAGCCGCGAAUCCUGCAGGCUCAAAAGGCUUCCUGGCUGAGAGACGGCCGUGGAGGAGGGUGCGAGUUCCAGCCAAAGCAUGCCAUUUUGCACCCCACCCAGUUGCCUCCAGGACCUCUACGUGGAUGGUCUUUCGAGGGCGAAAGAAGUCAUGUCAGAAGCGGCAGAGCGCCCGUGGUGUGUGGUGUUUGGGUGGCCCUGGACUCGCCACUGGUACCUAUCUUCUGAGUGGUCCCUAAGCCUUUGCCGUGAGCAUGUGCACUGAGGAUGUGAAUGGUUGGGUGGCUGUCUGGAGGGUCUGUUACGGACUGUGUGGUGAGGCGGCGUCUUUCCCCUUGUGUACGAGACUGCAAGAGACAGCAGAAACGUAGUUUGAAUGUUUUGUGUGUGAGGAGCAUACUGUGGGAUGAGAUGACCACCAAUUCGUUUCCUGGGGGGGGUGUCUGCGCCUUAGAAAAAAAAAAAAAAGAAGAAAAAAAGAAGGGAAAACCUGGAGGGCGGGAGUGGGCGGUCAGGCCCCGAGUGGGUUGUGGGGGGGUACCCCCUUUCCUGUGUGAGAGGAAUGUCCGGUGUCUGGUGCAGCUAUGGAACGUGCAAUGUGUCAAGUAGCUUGUUUUACUGGCUACCACAGAGCUCAUUUGUUACCCGUUGUAUAAGCUGUGUAUUUACAACUAUAACACAUUGAUAACUUUUCCUUAUCAGACAAAAGUAAUGCAUGGUCUGGGGAACUAUCUGCUUUUCCAUUUUUAAAUCAGGACUACAAUUUGGAUUCCAGUUACUGAGCAGCUAAGAUAAGAUUUGUCAGAUUCCGUGAUCCCUGGCCAUCUGGGCCUGGCAAUACCCAAUCCUUCCCCACUUCGAUUUUGUAACACUCCCCUUCCAGAAAGGUGUCGUGCAGCAUAGGAGUAUUUUUGAAAUGAUUCCGAAUUUGAAUUACCUUUUUGGAGACUUCCGUGAUGCCCUUUGAAGACGUUGGACACAGGUUGGGUGUCAAGGAUUCAGGGCUGGGAAUGGCUGGUCUAAUGUCCAUUAGACUAAGAACCUAAAAUUUUUCUCAGUUGGGUGGAUAAAACCACUAAAGCUUAGAAACUGUUUUCUCAUGCAGCUAAGUUUCUCUUAUUUAUGCCUUGAGGACUAAUUUCUGGUUUUCUAGCUGUUAAUGCACUGUAGAUCUUAAUAAUGGUGCCUUACGCAAGCGGCCCCAAAUCAGGGGCCUCCUACAGGGGAAUGGCUGAUGCAUGCUUUAUUAAGGCUCUUUUUUCACCUGGCGUUGUACUGUAUCAAUGUAUAAUACAGAGAAAAAGAAUCUCUUCAUGGUCCUCCUUCAUAAAGUCAAACAGAGAUGGAAACUCCCCAAACGAGUCAGUAUUUACUCAAUGUUUUAGACAACUUGACUGUCAGUGUUAAAGUGGAAAACACACGAGAAUUGGAAAAUCGGACCAUUUCUGUCACCAUGAAACUUUCAUAGAGACUUUGCACAACAGUUGCAUAGACCACACCGGCUGUAUUUAAUAUGUAACGUUUUCACACAUAUUAAAGAUACAGAAGUAUAAACAACCAUCUUAACAUAUUUGCUUAAAAGGCACAAGUUUCACAUAUCUAUCUAGCUAUCUGUUGGUAAUAUAGAAAGUACAUUACUUUUUUAAAAAGUGGGCGGAAUUCUUGUGUAUGUAUAUUUGUGUGUAUAGUAUGUGUAUGUGUGUGUGUGUAUAUAUAUAUAUACAUAUAUAUAUAGAUAAUAUAUAAAUAUUUUUUUAAGAAAAAAUUAGAAUGUUUAGCUAGAAAAUUCCACAGCCUGUGAAGAACUAUUUCAAAAUGGCCAUAAAGGAGGUAAAAACGAAAACUGUAACUUUUAUAAAAGCUUUAUCUUUCAUUUAAUGAUUUGCUACGACUCUUGGCAUUGACGCUAUUCCGGACUGCUGACUUUGCUUGUCAUUAUUGGCAAGUCUGGAAUAUGGGCCACUCAGAAGUGGCAUGAACAGAAUACUAGCCCAUUCGUUGGUCUCAGACAAACUAAGGUUUCGGUUUUGAAUUUCAGCCUUAUUGGAAGAUCUAACUUAAGAGUAAAGUAAUCACAGGGAUUCUUUUUUAGAACACUUUUUAUGCAGAUGAAGCUAUUUUUUUUUCAGCACAUAGAUACUUCCAGUUUUUCCAACAAGUAAUUUCCCGGAAUUGGCAUACCACAGUAUGGAGAGCUGAUAUUUCAUCCAGCUGCUGGCUUGUGGGUAUGGAUCUUUUCUUUAUAUAUAUAUAUGUGUAUAUAUAUAUAUAUAUACACAUAUACAUAUAUAUAUAUACACACACACAUACAUAUAUAUAUACACACAUAUGAGUCUGGCUGGGCUGGUAUUUUGUUUGAUCUUCCUGGAAAUGAGCAAUGAUGGAAACUCACAUAACUGGUUUUUUAUCUGGGCUGACGAAUACACUUACCUGAAGAACUCAUUUCAUUUUGCUGAGGGGGGAAAAAAAUGCACUUUUUUCUUUUGGCAAUUCCAAAUCCGGGCACUUGAUUUGUUGGAUUUUGGAAAACUCCUUUUUUGGCCGUGCUGUGCGCUUAGCCAUAACAAUUCCAUUAAGCUACAAGGUAAACAAAAGACAAAAAAGAAAAAAAUAACAAACUUGCACUGGCUUGUCUCACUUACGAAACCCCGUGGAGUGGCUGGAUUGGGUGGGGCUGGGUGCCAUGUGUCAAUGCCUGUAAUUUUCAUAAUAAGCAAGUACAUGAAGAAUUACAUUCUGUUCAGGUGAUAACUGAGCCUCAAUCAAGCAGAAACUUUUUGCUUGACAUUAAAAAAAAAAUUUCUAUUAGUGAAAUUUCUUUUUUGUUUUUUUUUUGGAGCACCCUGUUAUCUAAAGAAUCUUUGUAAGAUUUUUGUAAAAUUUUGUUUUACAAGAUUUUAUUUGAAAUUGUUUUUUGCAAGAUUGUUAUAUUUCUGUAUGAAUGUAUUUUUUAUUGGAAUAACAUAAAAGAAUUCUUAUCAGCA